GGCGGGGCUCCGUCCCGUAGCUCUCUUCGGAGAUGGCGGCGAUUUCAGGGCUCGGUGUUACCAGAAGAGGCCUCGCGUGGAUAAUCGCAGGGGUGCCACGCAGAGAACUUUGGUCUCGAUUCAGGGAAGAGAAAAAGCCAGUGGUGGCUGAGACGUUAGAAGAAGUGAAAAAAGAACCUAUUCUGGUGUGUCCACCCUUACGAAGCCGAACAUACAUACCACCUAAAGAUCUCCAGAGUCGUUUGGAAUCUUGUGUCAAAGAAAUUUUUGGCUCAUCUGCACCUAGCAAUUGGCAGAAUGUCUCCCUGGAAGAUGGUCAUCUGAAGUUCAGCUUUUUGUCACGUUUAGCUGAUGAUUUGGGCCAUGCAGUGCCUAACUCCAGGCUUCACGAGAUGUGCAGGGUCAGAGAUGUUCUUGAUUUCUAUAAUGUGCCUGUUCAAGAUAGAUGUAAAUUUGAUGAACUUAUUGCCAGUAAUCUGCCUCCCAAUGUAAAAAUCACUUGGGGUUACUGAGCAAUUCAAAAAAGGAAAUCAUUUUUUCCCCUGAGCAAAGGGGCUGCUUAUUAUACCUUUUGAUGCUUUGCCAUGUAGAAUACUAUCAGAACUGUUCUCUAAAACCACUUUUUCUGUGGAAGAAUGCAUUAUUUUUUUAAAUAUCAUCAUUAAUUGACCAAUUUUUUCACAUAUGCUCAAACUUCGUUUUUUUAAUGGAAUCAGGUCAUUAAUAAUUAAUGAAAAUUUUCUUCUCCUGAGGACGCUGUAAUUAACUUGUAUUUAAGAUAUAAGACUACAUGUUGAGAUGUCUUUAUUAUUCACAGGAAUAAAAUAAGAUGCAAUAAAAUGUCUUAAUCCUGUUAGUACUCCUAAAUCUAAGAUAGUAUUAUAUGUAGUAUGUACACAAAUAAGGAAACGUAGAUUAGAUUUUUAUAAAAGAAACAUAAACGUCUAUGUAGUAUAUUAUAGAAAGUUAUUUCUUUCACUGUUUGCUUUAUUGCACAAGUAGAAAUAGUAGAAAAUGAUACUGCUCGUUCUGGAUUAAUCUCUUGGAAUUGAAGUAGAUUUCUUGAA